CUUCGUUAAUGCGUUUAGAAGCGAAACUCGGUCAUCAAAACAGCUAUCUUUUCAGAACACUCAGACAACUUAAGAUGAGUUUAAAUUAAGUGAUUUUUACAUUAGAUUUACAUAUUUGAGUUGUCGAACUACUGUAUAUUUUAGCCAUGGAGCAACCUGCGCCCAAAAGCAAAUUGAAGAAGUUGAGCGAGGACAGUUUAACCAAGCAACCAGAAGAAGUCUUUGAUGUUCUUGAAAAGCUUGGCGAGGGGUCAUAUGGCAGUGUUUUUAAAGCCAUCCAUAAGGAGUCAGGCCAGGUUGUGGCCAUCAAGCAGGUGCCUGUAGAGUCGGAUCUGCAGGAGAUCAUCAAAGAAAUUUCUAUUAUGCAACAAUGUGACAGCCCUUAUGUGGUGAAAUACUAUGGCAGCUAUUUUAAAAACACAGACUUGUGGAUUGUUAUGGAGUACUGUGGAGCGGGCUCUGUUUCAGACAUCAUCAGAUUGCGCAACAAAACGCUCACUGAGGAUGAGAUUGCCACCAUUCUAAAAUCCACCCUGAAGGGUCUUGAAUACCUACAUUUCAUGAGGAAGAUCCACAGAGACAUAAAAGCUGGCAACAUUCUUCUGAACACAGAAGGCCAUGCCAAACUGGCAGAUUUUGGAGUGGCCGGACAACUCACAGACACUAUGGCCAAAAGGAACACGGUGAUUGGCACCCCUUUCUGGAUGGCGCCAGAGGUGAUUCAAGAGAUUGGCUACAACUGUGUGGCAGAUAUCUGGUCGCUGGGCAUCACCUCCAUAGAGAUGGCUGAAGGGAAGCCACCAUAUGCAGAUAUCCACCCCAUGAGAGCUAUUUUCAUGAUUCCUACAAAUCCACCGCCAACCUUCCGUAAGCCAGAGCUGUGGACGGAUGAUUUCACAGACUUUGUGAAGAAGUGCCUGGUGAAGAACCCGGAGCACAGAGCUACGGCUACACAGCUCCUCCAGCAUCCAUUCAUCACCAACGCAAAGCCAGUGAGCAUCCUGCGUGAUCUCAUCACAGAGGCAAUGGACAUGAAGGCCAAGAGGCAGCAAGAGCAGCAGAGAGAGCUGGAGGAGGAGGAGGAUAACUCGGAAGAGGAAGUGGAGGUGGACUCCCACACCAUGGUGAAGUCGGGCUCUGAGGGGGCAGGCACCAUGCGAGCCACGGGGACCAUGAGUGACGGAGCACAGACAAUGAUCGAGCAUGGCAGCACCAUGCUGGAGUCUGACCUGGGCACCAUGGUCAUCAACAGCGAUGACGAGGAGGAGGAAGAGGACGUUGGCUCCAUGAGGAGAAAUGCUACCAACCAGCAAGCACAGCGGCCGUCCUUCAUGGACUACUUUGACAAGCAGGACUCCAACAAGGCUCAGGAGAACUACAACCAUAACCAGCAAGACCCGUACCUUAUCCCCAAGACCUCCUUCCCCGAAAGCUGGAAAGUGCCUCAAGAUGGAGACUUUGAUUUUUUGAAAAACCUGGACUAUGAGGAGCUGCAGAUGCGUCUGGGUGCGCUCGACCCGAUGAUGGAGCGGGAGAUCGAGGAGCUGCGCCAGCGCUACACAGCCAAGCGCCAGCCCAUCCUCGACGCCAUGGAUGCCAAGAAACGCCGCCAGCAGAACUUCUAAGGCCCAGGGGCUGAGGGAGAGGAGCAGAUGCCUCAUCAGAGUAAUCGCCAUCACUUCAUCCGCGUGGUGACCUGGAGGCUGCCUGCCUCCCCAUCAUCGUUAUUUUCUUUUGGGGGACGGGGGAGUGGGGUGUUUCUGAGACUGACUACUUCAGGUCGUAUUUUGCUAAAUGACUUCCGAAAAAUAAUUGUAUUGUAUGAUAAAUUGGUUUGGAUAUAUUUUAUCAUGUUACUUCCCCCCCAAGAAUCUAUAUCGGACAUGACCAGCUAUAGCAAUACCCUUUGGGCCUUUUAUAGAUAUCAUACAGUAUGACAAAAGAAGGAAAGGCUUUUAUGAUUUGACAGACCAACAAUAAGUACAUUACUGCACAGGGGAAAGGGAAUAUCUGCAAAGAAAAAUAAUGUGGUAAUAUUGUAAAUUUUCAAUAUCUUUUUACCACUGAUGAAAUACUUUGAGAAAUGACUUCUCAACCAAAGACAAUCACAUGAAGAGAAUGCCUUAGACUGUUUUUUUUUUUACGCUGUUGCGCUGCUGCGUUUGCAUAGUAGAUGUAUUCCUAAUAAUAUAAACCACUUUAGUGGUAUCAUGUAUCUUACAACACAAAGAAGCGAACAGUUUCACUCAUGAUUUGACUGCAAGGUCAAACUGAAAAACUAACUAAUGAAAAUGCCCCUCAAGGCCUCAUUUCCAAGUCUGACCAUUUCUGUUUACAUGGUCUACUACAUCUUAGUGAAUGUGAAUAGAUCAUUUUUUUUUUAUUAUUAUUAUUGAUUUCUUGGUUCCAUGUUUUGCAGUGAGUUGAAUGUUUUCAAACAGACCUUUCAUUUACAACGUGUAACUCCUGAAGUAGACUUUUUUUUCUUUUGCUCAGUGAGUGGUGUUCUCCUGAACCUCUGGAUUCCAUGAACUCUCUCAGGGGCCCUUAGAAUACGAACGCCACGUCUGUUCAGUUGGUAUGACCUAACCUGGCUCACAAACAGUACUGUUAUUGGAGAUGGAGAAAAGGAGUUGGAACACGCCCCACUCAGUUAAAACAAAAACCUCUACAGACUUCCAUGUUCCAUUCAUAGAAGGCACGGUUUUGUAAUAGCCACCAAAUAUUCAAUUUCCUGAUCAAAUGUAGGCUUUGAUGAUUGUUAGGUCUAGGGACCAGAGUGCUUGUUUAGUCUUCUCCGCUUUAUCCUUGGAUAAUGGCUCAAGAACAAGGACACACUCCUACAGAAAUCUGUAUGCUGAGCUUUGACCAGAUCAUGCAGUAAGAGUAUUUUUAAGCAUGCCUAUCUAGUUCCUUCCAUCCGUUCUCUGUGCUUUUCGGCUGUCACAGAUAGAUAGUCAUUAUGAAGGAUGAUUGUUAUUUUAUUUUGUUGGACAGCAUUAAAUGUAAGAUGUCAGAUUGCCUGUCUGUCUCUAAACCACAGGCCCACUAAGACCAGUUUUAGUCAUACCACUUUCCUUCUACUUUCUGCUUUGGUGUUGCUAAAAGUUAGCAUGCACAGCACACCUACAUGAAAGUACAUAGCUGCCUUAUUUAGUAGUUUGCAUUUGUGUUCGCAAGUGUAAAUGUUUUGUUCCUUUCUCUGACAUGUACAACUGUUUUUUUCUUAAAGAAAACUAAUUUAUUGUUUAUAUGUAAUAUUAUACCAAGUUUUGUAACACUUCCCUAGUAUGGGUUUCAUGAAUAAAGGUCAAUACUAAAUAA